CGUGACGAUCCCAUGACCCUAUGCGGAAGGAGACGCUUGAGCUACGGAGACACCACAUCACAAACGGGGGAAUCGCUAACAUUCACUGCGUAUAUUUCACGUUUUCCAUCUUAACCUCUUCUCCGAUCGGCCCAGCAAUGGACGGAUCUGUCGGAGCAGCUUCUGACGCCGGGCCCCCGGCGUAUUACAGGGGAAAUGAAAGCUCCCUGGUGUCAGCCCUCAAGACGCUGUUGUUCUUCACCAUCCUGAUGGUGACGCUGCCCAUUGGACUCUACUUUGCUACCAAGGCGUACCUCUUUGAGGGUUCGAUGAAGCUGUCCAGCUCCGACAGCUACUUCUACGCCGCCAUCGUUGCCGUGCUCGCCGUGCAUGUGGUGUUGGCCCUGUUUGUUUACGUGGCGUGGAACGAAGGCGCGCCUAAAGGGAAGGGCAAACACGAUUAAGGCAUGUCCCCGGCAGCCCGUAAGCCUGGAGGAGACACCGGCGUGUUCCCCCCCCCCCCCCCCCCCCCAACCACCAUGGGCUCCAGCACAAAGUACCAUCUCUACCAACCAGGCAGUUAGGGGAUCUGGUUGCGCUUAGGCUUUAACGCAAGGUUAAAGCAUGAAACUACUGUAUUAUUUGGUGGAGUGGACGGCCACUAUUUUUAAGAGGCUUCGUUAUAAGCUGCCGUUUGGCCGAGUGCUGCGAGUCCCUUCGCGGGUAAGAUAUGUCUCGCGUAGGUAGGAAAACAUCUUUUGGGUUUUGGAUGAAGAGUCCACACACACACACACACACAAAGUGAAUGUCCUUGAAAUAUUUAUAUACAAAGAAUCUGAUUCCAAAAUGCUCCACGUCCAUUCUGUGAGAAUUUGCAGUGCUGAAUUGAUCAUUUUGUCCUCAAAUUUCAAUUAUGAUCCACGUACCUUUUUGACUUUAAUAUAAACCCAAAACUGGCUUAACUUUCAUACUAUUUUGGAGCAUAUGAAUUCAUGUUCUGUUCUUAAUAUUCAAUGUGUUUAAUGUAGCAUAUGGUGACAUUUUGUAACUUUGAAUUGGAAUAUGAUUGCGAUGUCUAUUUGUAUUCAAAGGAAUGCUUUGUACUCUAUGAUGUUUGUUCAUUUCAGGCUGUUCUCGGUUUAGUUGUGUGGUUCGGAUUAAAAGGUUCAUUUGCUUAAAUAAACUCAAAUUGUACUUUCAGUUACCCGCCUUUACAUACUCAAUACCCAAUUGAGCCCAAAAAGAUGUUUUUACUUUUGUUAAUUCACAAAACCACAAUCCAGAUUCAUAUCUAUUUUUUUUUGUGUCAAAUUUAGCGUGGAAAGGUUUGUUUUUAUUAUUAUUCCUCUUUAGUAAUGCGUUACACUAAUGACGCAAGCAUGUCAGGACUUUGUGCUAUUCAGAUUUCUUUUGUUUAAGUUUGUCAUGCCACCAGUCUCCGGUCUGUAGUGGAUGGGGGGGGGGGGGGACGCAAACCCUACACUUUUUCCCAAAGCAGCAUGUCAUGUCUUUGUUCAAACCCGUAGAAACAGCCGGCCAGGCAGCGGCUCAGCAGAGAAGAAAAUGAUGAGGUCUUCAGACGCUUUAUGUGAUGUAAUGAAAAUUCCUAGUGAACUUGUGUUGUGAUAUCAGAGACGUAAAAGUCUUCCAGUUUGCGGGGGCCACACUAAGUGUACAAGCUUUGUUAUUAAUGGCCUACUGACGUACUGUUUAUACAGGGUCUGGCGUAUAAAUUGAGGAUGGAUUGGGUUCACGCUGCACGGCAUGUGGAUUAGCGGUCAUUUCUCAGUGUGAGACGUUGCCUCGCUACAACUGCCCCAUGAUGCAUUGCUGCUGGAUCCCUUGCGACAGGCUGUCAGUCAGAUUUGUGAGUCAGUAUAAUAGAAAAAACAUGACAUGCUAUUUUAAAAAGUCCUUGUAUAAUAAUUUGAAACACGUUACGUUAAGUCAUAGAUUGUGUUUUAUUUGAUCAAUUUAUGAAAGUGAUGGCAAUCCAGGAAAAUGCAAUCAUAUGAUAGAGCCAUGGUGGCCUGGUAGAACAUGUAAAUACUGUCAAUUUAUUUUAUCUUUGCUACUUUUGUUAAUUAGUAAAUUUAGCAAAUAAAUAAAAGAAUAGAACAUGCCAA